GGGGGAGAAAGAGUCGUCCCACGGAGGAAAGAUUCUCGAAUAGAUUUCAAUAGAUUCAUUCCUUAGUGUUGUGACGUCGCAGGACCCAUUUAAAUCCUACUAAAAAAGGAUGCCAACAAUCGCACUAGAGCUGUGGCCAAUUUGCGAAGAGAUGCCUAUGAAUUGUUCUUUAUUCCUAAAUCAAUCGCCUUCACCUUCAACUUCUUUGUCCAACUCUUUCCUAUAGUUACCGAUCCUAGUUACUAAAUACCAAACGAAUUCUCGAACGACCCGUUGAAUACCGCCUGAACGCCACAAUACCGACCUUGUGUGUCCAUUGGUUUUGCUCCGCCAAACAUCCUUGUUCUCCCGAAACCCUUUCAUAAUAUUUUCCCCCCGAUUUCCCAUUGCUCUCUUCCCUCCCUUUCGAUCCUCCCAGAAAUCUGUAGACGAUGAGCUCGUCAAAUGGGAACCACCGCAGACAGGACUCCAUAGAUCCCUUUUCUCAUCCCGACAUCUAUUAUGGUGACGAGGAAGCCAACGCGCGCAUCAAGGAUCGCAGACGUGCGUUCUCAACGAACCUGAACCAAUUCAAUCGCCAGGAUAUCCAGAAUUUCCUUGGGGGAAUUCCGGCAAGAAGAGGAAGUCACGAUGAGAUUUCGGCUCAACCCCGCAAAUUCCUUAUUGAUGUCGAACAAACGUUGGAGAACCUUUUGGAAAGGGAGGAUACGGACAGGAACAUGCAGAUAACCAUUGAGGAUGUAGGACCCAAGGUGCUUUCCCUCGGGACCGCAGCGUCUUCCGGAUACAACAAAUUCGAUGUGCGAGGAACGUACAUGCUUUCCAACCUCCUGCAGGAACUUACCAUUGCUAAGGACUAUGGCCGCAAGGUCAUUGUCCUUGACGAGGCUCGUCUGAGCGAAAACCCGGUCGCUCGUCUCUCUCGUCUCAUUAAGAAUUCUUUCUGGAACGCCCUGACUCGGCGGAUCGAUGGUUCCAAUAUCGAGGUAGCGGGUCGAGAUCCCAAGGAUUGGACGGACGAUCCACGACCCCGUAUCUAUGUCCCACCGGGUGCUCCUGAGCAGCUGGAGUAUUACAGAGGGAUUGCUAAGGCACACCCAGAACUUCGUCUGGAUGUGCAGGUACUGGAGACAGAUAUCACUCCGGAGUAUGUGAAGGAUCUCAACAGUAAACCCGGUCUUCUCGCCUUGGCAAUGGAGAAGAAGUACGAUGAAGCUACCCAGAAAAUCGAAUAUUCCGGGGUGCCAUUUGUCGUUCCUGGAGGACGGUUCAAUGAGCUGUAUGGAUGGGACAGUUAUAUGGAGUCUCUGGGGCUGUUGGUCAGCAACAGAGUGGAUUUAGCGAAGUCCAUGGUGAUCAACUUCUGUUUCUGUAUUAAACAUUAUGGAAAGAUCCUGAAUGCCAACCGGUCCUAUUACCUGCUACGCUCCCAGCCGCCAUUCUUGACUGAUAUGGCUCUGAGAGUGUAUGAGCGGAUUAAGGGCGAACCCGAUGCUCUGGAGUUCCUACGGACUUCGAUCCUCGCUGCGAUCAAGGAAUACUAUAGUGUCUGGACCGCCGAGCCACGGUUUGAUCCAGUUUCUGGCCUGUCGCGGUAUCGCCCCGAAGGGAUGGGCGUACCGCCAGAAACUGAACCAACGCACUUCAUCCAUCUACUAACACCCUAUGCUGAGAAGCAUGGCAUGCAAUUUGAUGACUUCGUUCAAGCUUACAAUAACGGCCUUGUUAAGGAGCCGGAGCUUGACGAGUACUUUUUGCAUGAUAGGGCUGUCCGAGAAUCUGGUCAUGACACAAGCUACCGUUUGGAGAGGGUUUGUGCCAAUAUCGCUACAGUUGAUUUGAACUCUCUCCUUUAUAAGUACGAGGUGGACAUCGCUCGUAUAAUCCGGACUUAUUUCAAGGAUAGACUAGAGAUCCCCCCUGAGUUCCGUACUGAACAGUCAAAGGACAUUGCAAGUGAGUCCUCAUCUGUAUGGGACCGCAGGGCCAGAAGAAGAAAAAUGAGAAUGGACUCCUAUCUGUGGGAUGAAGAAAAGGGGAUGUAUUUCGACUACGACACAGAUAAGCAAGAGCGGACCAAUUAUGAGAGCGCCACAACCUUCUGGACAAUGUGGGCAGGUCUCGCCACCCCUCAACAGGCGUCGGAACUGGUCAGCAAGGCCCUUCCGAAGUUUGAGGCCUACGGCGGCCUGGUUUCAGGUACUGAAGAAUCGCGUGGUGUUAUCAGUCUAGCUCGACCGAACCGGCAGUGGGACUAUCCUUAUGGAUGGGCACCGCAGCAGAUGCUGGCAUGGACAGGACUGCUCCGCUACGGCUACCAGGAGGAAGCCGAGCGACUAGCAUACAAAUGGCUAUACAUGAUCACGAAAGCUUUUGUUGACUUCAACGGCGUUGUCGUCGAGAAGUACGACGUCACUCGGCCGAUUGACCCUCACCGGGUCGAUGCUGAAUACGGAAACCAAGGUGUAGAUUUCAAGGGUGCACCUCGUGAAGGGUUCGGUUGGGUCAACGCCAGCUUUGUCUAUGGGUUGGAAAUUCUUAACGCUCACCAGCGGCGUGCCCUUGGGGCCAUUACCCCAUAUGAAACCUACAACAAAGCUGUAGCAAUCCAGAACGACAGCGAGUAGGUUCUUAUGACUUGAACGUUGCAUGAGGCACGUGUUGUUUUUGUUUCCGUUUGUAUACGUUUUGCGGCCGUCAUUGCUUCCGAAGGACCCGAAAAGUCGAGAUUUUGGAGUCGGCAACAAAAUUAUACAGUUGUGAUAGUAUAUAGUGCGGUCUCAAAUCUUCUCUUUUCAUUUCUUUUUCUGAUUUAAGUCAUUUCUUUGGGGUUCAAGAAAAGAAAUGGGAUGGGAAUAGAAACUGGCUUACUCCGUACACUUUGAGGGUACUUUUACGAGCUAUGAUCCAGCUACGAAUGAUACAGGCGCCAAUUCUUUGUUUUUUUUAGCUUGGCGAAUUUAACUUUUGAUAUAUAUAUCUCGUGUCUAGCAACCGUUUAAUGAAGCAUUUUUGGG